AUGGGUUAUUGGGGAGAAGGUCUCUUCCAGAACGACUCAGAUCUGGAUGUCGUCAUACUCCUUGGACAGCAUCUCGGCGUCGGAGAACUGUACUAUCCCGAUGACCCUGAGAAGCUGCGCCAAGAGCUCGACAGCGGCAAGCUCGAGGCUGAGUUUCGCAAGCUUCGCGAUGGCGUCUAUGAUUCCGACGAGGAAUUGAGCUUCUACGGCAUCAAGACCACGAUCGUUCUCCUUGCUGCCGUUGCCAUGCGUCACGGUGCGACCAUCUCCGACGAGUUCCGCCAGUGCGUCAAGGACUGCCUCAAGAAGCGUCUCACGAUGCACAAGCGCGCCAAGGACGACAUGCGUAAGGGUAUCGAUACAUACCGCAACGGAGUUCCGCUCGACCUUGCUGGCAUGGGACUGGAUGAGGUGGUUGCAACCAUGAGCGAUACGCGCUCUCAAGGUGGUGCAUCUAACCCGGCUGCUUAG